UCCGAGGGCAGCCUCGUUGGCCGAUGGAGCGGCAGCCCGGCCCGCUCGGGCGCGCUCCGGCUUCCCCCUCCUUGGGCGUGUGAGGUGGGGCAUGACCCAACAGGCGCGCUUGUGGGGAUGGAUCUCCAAGCGGUCAGAUUCUUGUGCUGCUGCUGUUGGCUUCUCCUCUCCGGUCUGCCUCAUACCCAAGGAGUUGAUUGCAAACCUGGUUGUCAUCCAGUAAAUGGAUUUUGUGAAGUUUCAAGUGAAUGCAGGUGUCAGCCAGGUUGGCAAGGCCCUUUGUGUGAUCAGUGCAUACCUUUCCCUGGUUGUGUGCAUGGAACCUGUGCCAAACCGUGGCAGUGCAUGUGUGAAGAAGGAUGGAUUGGCAGCCUCUGUGACACAGAUGUUCACCCGUGUGCUUCAAAGCCUUGCACAAAUAACUCAGCCACUUGCAUAGAGACUGGCAAUGGUGGAUACAUCUGCUUGUGUGCUCCAGGAUACACAGGGAAAAGCUGUCAUGUGAAAAAGGGACCUUGUAUAGUUAAUGGCUCUCCUUGCCAGAAUGGAGGCACCUGCGUGGACAACGAUGGAUUUGCACCUCACGCCUCGUGUCUGUGCCUUCCUGGGUUCACCGGACACUUUUGCGAAAUUGACCUCGAUGACUGCGAGCCCAACCCGUGUGAGCACGGAGGCACGUGCGUGGACGUCGGCAGGGGCUUCCGCUGCCGGUGCCCCACCGGUUUCAGGGGCACGCUGUGUGGCAGCCGCUCAGUGGCCUGUCUCAGCAGCCCCUGCGAAAACGGGGGCAUUUGCCGUGAGCGCCCUGGCAGAGGUUUUAAAUGCAUUUGCAAACCACAUUUUCUUGGGGUUACCUGUGCUGUUCCCAGUAGAAACACGAGUGUGAGUCUAGCAGCUCCGCACCAGCAGAAACACCAUCGACCCCUGAAAGCUCAUCACAGCCCUGUCCACAUGCAAGAACGGGAAAUCUUGACGAUCAAAGAGACGAUUGAAAAUAGGCACCCUUUGCUGAGUAAGAGCCAGGGGAUCUGCUUCAUCGUCCUCAGUUUGCUUACUUGUCUCAUUGUGCUGGGCACCACGGGGAUUAUCUUUUUCUCCAAAUUUGAAAUGUGGCUCGCCAAUGCCCGAUACAGCCAGCUGGUGCGCAAAGAGAGGGAUUGCUUUCUGAAGACCAGGGAUGGUGAAAACCUUCCCGUAAAUAUAAUCUUUCCAGAGAAAAUGUAACUGAUUAACAAAUGAGGAUUUAUCCAGCCGUCGAGGCUCCUUGUUCAGAACAUCCCGUUCAGAAAUGCUACAUGGAGCUUGUGUGGCUCGCUCUUGUUGUGCAGCUGGUCAGCUUCUCAGUCUUGCUCAUGAAAACAAUGGCUGCCUUUGGGACCAGUAGAUGAAGAAGAAACAAUCCCCUUUUUGUGCCCCUCAGAGACAUUUUCAUUUCCAGUACACACUCACACAAAUAGUAUUGCGCAAACCCAUGAAUUUUAAUUUAGGUCGCAAUCCUAUAUUCAUUUAAACUAGAAGUACAUUCUGAUGAACUCAGUGGGCCAUAGUUCUACAUAGGCAUAUAUAGGCUUGAACUCCUGUUUCAUUUGUGUUUUUUAAAGUUAGACACACCUUUGUUAAAUAAGAGAAUUGUUCUCAUAAUCUGUAGCAUGUGUGACAAUGGUGAUACUUUAGAUCAUUUUCCAUGCUUAUUUUUAAUAAACAGUAGUUAAGGGCUAA